AUGAAUGUUGAUGGCUCGUCUCUUGGGAACCCAGGACAUUCGGGAGGAGGGGGCAUUAUUAGGGAUCAUCAUGGGCAGGUAAGGAGCGCCUUCUCAUCCUUCUAUGGUUUUCGCACAAAUAUGGAAUCGAAGGCCGGGGCUCUACUGGAAGAUCUUCAACUUUGUCUAUCGCUUGGAUUGACAAAAGUGAUAGUGCAUAUGGAUUUGGUACAGUUGCUUAACUUACUGAAGCAAGUCAUAGCUAUGCCUUGGAAAGUUGAUGUUCAAAUUAGGCGAAUACGGCAUGUGUUAACCCAAGCAGAAUUUGUUUUGGAGCACUACUACAGGAGACCAAUUCAGCAGUUGACGCGCUCGCGAAGCAAGCAGGUACAGGAUUCAAAACUUAAACAGAAGAAAACUCUAAGAUCCAUGUGA